AUGGGCGGCGGAGAUCCGAGACCCCAAAAAAGCGGCCCGGGUUUGGCUGGGCACCUUCGACACCGCCGAGGCGGCCGCGCUAGCCUACGACGAGGCCGCCCUCCGCUUCAAAGGCAGCAAGGCCAAGCUCAACUUCCCCGACCGGUGGCCGCGGCGGUCCUGUUCAGGUUCACAACAGUAGUCAAGUCUAUCAUCCCAGCUUGUAUCCUCGGCCUCAUCAUCCUCAUCAUCAGCAGCAGCAGUUUGUUCAGGGCGGUGGUUAUGGCUUCACCUACUCAUUCGGCGGCCAGCCGGCUCCGGCGACCGGGUACCAGCCUUUCCCGACAACGAUAUCGGCUAUGUCUUCCACGUCAGCGUCCGAAUCGCUGCACCAACAACGACAGCAACAGGAGGAGGAGCUAUGGAGGCCGUUUUCCAUGCAGUUGGGGAGUGCUGCUCAUAAUAAUUACACCUCUUCUUCUUCCUCCUCUUCUUAUCCUCAUCCUCCUAAUGAUGGUAUGGAUUUUGACUAGCUAG